AUGAGCAAAGCGGAGCAGAACGGCGGCGACUGCGCGCCGAGCGAGGAGGCGGAGGAAGUGCUGGCGAGCGCGGUGGCCUUUUUCAGCCCCGAGGGGGGUGGGGGGCUGCAGGAGGGCGCGCUGAGCAGCAUCCGGGCAGACGAAAACGCAGUGAAGCUUCUGAACGAGUUCACGGAGAGCGAAGAGGACUGCCUAUUCGUGUUCAACGAAAAGGACACCAUCAAAUUUUACUCAUCCAUCCUGGAUUUACAAAAAAAAAAAAAAAAUGAAAAAUAUUUAAUCAUCUACAAAACGAUGCAAAGUAAGAAGACACUCUUCCUCGAAAUGAACAAUGAUGCAGAAAAUGUGACGAGGAAAUUUUUGGAAAUUUUCUUUUCCAAUUUUAUGAACAAAAAUGACGAAAUCAAUUCUUCCUCCCUGUUGAAGGAAAUGAAAAAGAAGUUUAACAAUUUUUUGCUCAACUUGAGGAUAAUCUAUGGAGAGUUGCAGGAAAAAUUGACUCUGCCACUUUUGCCCUCUGGAGAGAAGGAGGAACAGGAAGAAGACAUCAACCAUGUGGAAGAGUACCUAAUACACUUCAUCAAAUGCUACCACGUAAUUCUACGCAACUUUGUAAACUACAAAAGGAAUAAGUACCAAAAUUGCCAGGACUUUCUCAGCUGCUUGAAAAAUAAAAAUGAAGACAUCAACUUUUUGCACGGCGAAAUAGAGAAGGAGAAGUUCAAGCAGAUUGUUACCACCAUUUUGGAGAGGAAGAAAAACUCCAGCUAUAAGAAUAUCAUAGAAAAUAUUAGGAGAGAAAUUGUAGACCUCAAAUUGGAAGUGCUAGACUUGUAUACUCACUUAAAACCAGUGAUUCAUUUUUUGCAAAAAUUGGAAAGUAGCAAAGAAGAAAUUGAAAAUAAAAAUGUGUUCGUUGCCCCGAUCGUUCAUGCACUGUCUUUGUCGUUGGACCGAUCUGAUUACUUAAUUAAGAACUGCAAGUUUGUGUUUGACUUCCUUUCCAGGGUGCUCAUAAAUUCUUGCAAGCAGAAUAUGAACACGCCCGAAAUUAUUAACUCCAUUUAUAACUGCGUGGAUGUGCUGAAGAGCAAGCUGUAUGGGACGCUGAAUUUUCUGCUGAACUUUUUGUACCUCUUUAGGAUUUACCGGGAGAGGAAUGCCAAGCUGCGUUCCUUGGGCGAGCAGAGCGAGCAAAGCGAGCAGCGUGAGCAAAAGGGGCAGCGUGAGCAGAGUGAGCAAAAUGAGCAAAAUGAGCAAAAGGAGCAGAGUGAGCAAAAUGAGCAAAAUGAGCAAAAGGAGCAGAGUGAGCAAAAUGAGCAAAAGGAGCAGAGUGAGCAAAACGAACAGCUUACGCAGCAUGAACAGACUGAGCAGGAGUGCGCCUACUUCCCCUCCGUCAGCCUCUACAUCUACAAACUGAGGCUCCUGAUCGAAUACCUAAAAAUUUACCAGACGUAUAUGAAGCUGGAAAAAAUUGAAAUCCCGGGGGAGAAGGGGAAGAAGCUGACGGAGGAGGUGCACACCAUCGCGCGCGAAUUCAACUCCAUCAAUGAGACCUUCCUAGACAUUAAUCACGAAAUUAUGAGCGAGGAAGAGACCAUUUUUAUAAACAAGUACAACCAGUUUGAGGACAAGGUGAAGGAGCUGAACAAGCGGUUGAUUUGCGUUUUCACGCACUCGUUUGACUCGGACUUGAAGAAGAACAUCAAGCUGCUCAACUCGUUUUUAAUUUUGAGGGACCUGCGAGUCAUCGAGGUGGAGCUGGUGCGGCACGCCUCUCUGCUGUGCGAGGACCUGAAGAGGGAGUUCAUCUUGGUGGACAACUUGUUCAUCAAGAACAUGACCAUCGUGGCUCAGAACAGGGGCGUCUUCCUGGAGCAGGGGGGGGGCGACGUUGGCGGCGGUGGCAAUGGCGGCAGUCCAAGUGCGAUCAGCGGCGAGACGGACGGCCUAGCCGCGAUCACCGUCGAUAGGGACAAUCGAAGCACCGCCCGAAAAUCGCAGCUGAGCCACCUGCACAUCGACCAGAACGCGCCCCUCUUCUGCGAAGUGGUGAACCUGUUCACCUCGCUGCUGAAGCGAAUCGAGCAGCAGUACUUCCCCCUGCGCAAAAUCGUCAAGGUCCUCAAGCUGAAGGACGAGAAGACGGAAGAAAUAAACGCGCUGUACCGAAGCAUCACCACGAAGAUCAGCCAGUACAUCGGCAACAUGAGCAAGGAGUGGUUCACCGAAACCAUAGACGUGGUGAAUAGCUUCUUAAACGAACCCAUAUUUAAGCAAAAGGGGGAGCUAUUCUACGUGAACUUCCACCCCUAUAUCUUCCUCUUCAUAUCAAAUGUGAAAAAUUUAUACCUGAACAAUUUGACCGUCAAUGAGGAGUGCCUAAAAAUUUACAACAGCACGAAUAGAUUUAAGGAGUUCAUACACACCUUGAAUAGCAUCACGAAGAGGUACAACGAUAUCGUGACGAAAACGUUGGGCGUGCAGAAGGACCUCUUUCAUGAGAAGCUAUGCGGUGUUAAGAACACGCUUCUGAAGGGGGUGACAGACCUCCGGUGGACGCAGGAACAAAUUUUUGAGUACAUUCAAGUGGUAGACAGAGACAUGGCCGAAAUAUUUAGCAACAUCUCAUCUGUGCAUAGCAACUUGGUUUCUAUCCUAAGUGUGACGAAGGGUUGGACUAGGAAAGCAAUUCUAGAGAGGAGAAAGAGACACGAAGAUAUUUAUAAUUACCUGAACGGUUAUAAGAACAAUAUGGCCGUGCUGAAGGGGAAGCUACUGGAGGAUUUCAAGAACAUUCAUAUGAGCAUGAAGCAGUCUUUUGAUCUUCUAAAGAUAAAGAAGAACAACCCCAUGUGGAAGAAUUACGUAAAGUUUGUGAACAGCAUCGUCACGGAUAGACUCACCGAAUUGGUUAACUUUCUCUUUUCAAAUCUGAGGAGCGUCAUGACAAACGCGGAGAGGGAAAACGAGCCGCUCUUCACCAUCAAGAUAAAUUUCGUGGAUGAUAGGUUGAGCUUGGACCUAAAGAUGAGAUCUAAAAAAUCGUUCAGCGUAGCAGGCAUCUUCUACAAAUGGGUGGACGAUUUUAUGAACCUCUGUUCAGGCAUCAAACGGAUCGAUAUCAAGAGCGGGGACUACGUGAAUGAGGUCCUCCUCAGUCUGAAGAUCAAUCGGAACAAGAGUUGCAUUGAGAGACGUUUUGAAGCCACCCUCGAUAGGUGUUAUGCCUACCUAGAAAGUUUGAGAGAGUACGAACAUACGUGCAAGAAGGAUAUCAAAAAGGAGUUCCUUCAGUUUAAGGCUCAAAAUGAGGUGCCCCUCUUCCCCAACUUCUUCGAAUUUAACAACAAUUUUAGGGACACCUUAAAGCUCAUCGAUAUGAACAUUACGCAUCUGUUCCCAAACGUGUCGGCGUAUAAGAAACUCAUUUUGUGUUUGAAGAGCGAAUUGGGGAGGUUCCACCAGCUGCGCAGCUACCAAGUGAUCGACUUUGUGGCGUUUCACUCGGAGCACUUCGUCGAGAAGUUGAUCGCCUUUUCGCAGAAGGACAUUUCCAUGUACAGCGAGUACUUGCAGGUGUUCGUGCGGGACGUCGUUUACUCCGUGAGCUCCUUUUACGAGGGCGUCUUGGCGAGCUUGAGGUCCGCGGGCGUGAGCGCGUUCUUCGGCCCGGGCAAGCGGGGGGUUAGCGGCGGGACGAGCGGUGUGGUCAGCGGCGGGAUGAGCGGCAGUGUGGCAGAGGUGGGCGACGGGAUGACUUCUGUAGGGGGGAUGACCUCUGUAGAUGGACUGGCCGAUGCGCUCGUCGGCGCGGCUGCGGUAGAGGGGUUGGCCGACUCACUCAUCGGCGCGGCUGCGGCAGACGGGUUGGCCGACUCACUCAUCGGCGCUGCUUCUGCAAACGGCGGGGGCGCCCUGGCGAAGAGCAAGAAGGACGCCUUCUACAACCUGAUGAGGAACCUGCGGAGCGUGAAGCUGAGCAGGAAAAUCGUCCCCCUGAUUUUCCAGAAGACGAGGGAAAUCAUGGAGACCCUCAGGGAGCUGGGCAUCGCAGUGAAGCACGACCAAGUGCUGGAGGAGAUCGAGCGGAACAAGGAGCGAGUCGAGAUACAGUACAACGAAAUAAAGGAGAAAAUUAUAAAACACAAAAACGAGGAAAUUAAAAACAUCAAAGUGGAGAUCAAGCUGUUCAAGGAUGAGCUGAAGAAGCUGAAGAGUGGCAUUCUGCAGAACAUGCCUAAUGCGCCCAAGGACAUGGAGGGCAACCCCUAUGAGAAGAUUAACGAGUAUAGAAGGAGCUACCAAGUGUAUAGGGACAAGCAGAAGUACCACAACGAAUUGGAGAUCCUGUUCGAGCUGGACAUCACCGUGUUUGAUGAGCUGAACGAAUUGGACAGCAAGUUGAAGGAGCUGAAAAACCUGUGGGACGUCAUCAACAGCAUUGUGUUUUUCAUGGAGGAGGAGAAGAAGAAGCUGUGGACGGACAUCGACGUGAACGGGAACAUUUACCUAAUCGAUUUUGUGUCGCAAUACUUGAGGAAGAACCUCUGCGAGCUGAAGAGCCUGCCGGUGUACGAGCACAUCGUGAGGGAGCUGAAGAAGUUCUCCUCCAUCCUGCCGCUGCUCGUGGAUUUGAACAACGACUGCAUUUUUGACCGCCACUGGAAUAUUAUUAUGAACCUGUCGGGGGGGAUGGGAAGUGAGCGAGGGGGUGGAAGCGUGAGUAGGGUGGGAAGCGCUAACCUGGUGGAUGCCGCUAACCCGGUGGACGCCGCUAACCUGGGGGACGCCGCUAACCUGGGGGACGCCGCCAACCUGGAGAGCCUGCCGAAGAAGCACCUGCAGGUGAAGUACAAAGAGCUGACGCUGCAGGGGUUCUUCGACCUGAAGCUGUACAAGCACGUGGACGCCGUGCACGACGUGAUGGAGCAAGCCAAGAAGGAAAAAAAAAUCGAAAACAAAAUUAGGGAGAUAAACCAAAUCUGGAGGAAAAUGAAUUUUGAGUUUCUCAAGAAAAACGCGUACAUCCAAAUAACCAACAUGGACCUGAUCCUCGAAAUUGUGGACGUGCAUACCUCCGAAAUACUUUUCUUCAUAAAUCAGAAGAAAUACAUUUUGUUCAUCCAGGAGACCAUUUUAAAGACGCAGGAGAAUUUGAAACGAAUCGAUGAGGUGAUCAACAUUUGGAGAAAGUUCCUCAGCAAAUUUGAGAGGCUGCAGCCGAUUUAUCUUAACUCAGAAGACAUCCACUCGCAGCUCCCACAGGAGAGCAGGAUGUUUUUCAACAUCGAGCAUGAGUAUAAGGAAAUCAUCCUCAACGCGUAUGAGCAGCAGAACGUUUUGCAAAUUUGCCUAAACGAGGAGUUGUUUUAUGUGUUGGGGAAGUUCUUCAAAAAUAUUGAGUUGUGUGAGAAGGCCCUUAAUGACUACUUGGACCAGAAGAAGAAGGCCUUUCCGCGGUUUUACUUUCUGUCCAACAUCGCCCUGCUGGACAUCCUGAGCAACGGGAAGAACCCCAUGAAGAUCCUCCCCUACGUGAACGACGUGUUCAACGCGAUUAAGACGAUCGAGUUUGGGGGGGGAGCAGCGGAGGGGGGAGCGCAGGAAGAGGCUGGGGAGGUCGCAGCGGAGGAGGGUCACCACGAUGGAGGCGCUACCCAUAAUGGUGACACUACCCAUAAUGGCUCCCCCGACGCUACCCAUAAUGGCCCCCCCGACGCUACCCUUAAUGGUGCCACUCCCAAUCGCGGAGGCGCUACCCCCCCCCCGUUCACCGCGAAAGGCGUGUACAGCAUCGAACACGAACACCUGGAGUUCCCCACGGAGCUGGCGCUGAGGGGCAACGUGGAGAGCUACCUGAAGGAUUUGGAAACGCACCUGAAGGUGACCAUCCGGAGCAUCCUGGAGAAGGCGAAGAUUUGCUCCGAAAAUCUGGACGAGCAGAACCGAGACGAGACGAUGAUCAAUAACUUCAUCAGCCAAGUGGUAUGCACCUGCAACCAAAUCGUCGUGACGGACGAAAUUAACAAAUGCUUUGACGAGCUGGAAAAUGGAAACGAGUCCGCCUUCGUCGAAUAUAAGAAAAUUCUAAUCGAGAGGAUAAACAAGCUAAUCAAGUUGGUAGAGAGGACGCACGAUUGUAACAUCCGGACCAAGUUGCUCUCCCUAAUCAUUUUGGAUGUCCACACGAGAGACGUCAUCAUUUCUUUUAUAAAAAAAAAAAUCUCAGACGGGACUUCCUUCGACUGGCAGGCGCAGCUGAAGUAUUAUUGGGUGUACGAUAAGAAGGCGAAUAACUACACCUGCGAAAUAAAGCUGUGCGAUUUUAGGACCAAAUAUCUCUACGAAUAUAUUGGCAACUCUGGAAAGCUGGUGAUAACCCCGCUGACAGACAAGUGCUACAUCACCCUGACGCAGGCGCUCAAUUUGAUCCUUGGAGGGGCCCCCGCGGGUCCGGCAGGCACGGGGAAGACCGAGACCACCAAGGAUCUGUCCAAGGCGAUAGGCAUAGCAAUAUUUAUAUUUAAUUGUAGCAACCAAAUGAACUACUUUAACAUGUCCCAGAUAUGCAUAGGCCUCUCUCAGACCGGCGCAUGGGGGUGCUUCGACGAGUUUAACCGAAUCAGCAUAGAGGUCCUCUCCGUGGUUAGCACGCAGAUUAAGUGCAUCUUUGACGCCAUUAAGGAGAAGAAAACGGUGUUUCAUUUUAUUGAUGAUGAAAUUGUCCUGAAGAAGACCUGUGGGUUCUUCAUUACCAUGAACCCGGGGUAUGCAGGCAGGACGGAGUUGCCCGAAAAUUUGAAAAACUUGUUUCGAUCCUGCUCCAUGAUUGUUCCCGAUAUUAAAUUUAUUUGCGAAAAUAUGUUAAUGUCUUUUGGGUUUAUUAAGGCAAAUAAGCUGUCCUACAAAUUCGUGGAGCUGUAUCAGCUGUGCAAGGAGCUACUGAGGAAGAACAUCCACUACGACUGGGGGCUGCGUGCUGUCAAGGUGGUGCUCAUUCAGGCUGGCAAUUUAAAAAGGAAGUACAGCAACUAUGACGAGGAGGUCAUCCUGAUGAAGGCCCUCAAAGAUUUCAACAUCCCCAAGAUAACUCAUGAGGAUAUUCCCAUCUUUUUGGGGCUCGUGAAUGACCUCUUCCCGAAUGUUGAUUGCGUGGACAGGUUCAAGGAGGAGCUCAGCGUGGAGGAGGUGGACACACCGCUUCACGUGGGGAUGCCACAGGAAGGGGUCUCCCCACAGGAAGUGGUCUCCCCGGAAGCGGCCUCCCCGGAAGCGGCCUCCCCUGAAGCGGCCUCCCCACAUGGGGACACACCCCCUCUUGCCGGCACGCUGCCCCCCCCCGUGAGCUUCGACGAGGCCAUUCGGAGCAGCCUCCGAGAGGCCAACCUCCAAAUCGACGACAACUUCAUCCUGAAGGUGAAGCAGCUGAAAGACCUGAUGGACGUGCGCCACUGCGUCUUCAUCUUGGGAGAGGACGGCUGCGGAAAGUCCAGCGUCAUCCAAAUAUUGCUGAAAACGCUGAACGCAAUUAGGGAGAAGUGCCUGCACGAAGUUAUCAACCCCAAGUCGAUUGAGUCCUACGAGUUGUAUGGCUAUUUAAACAAAAAUAACGAGUGGGUAGACGGAGCUUUGUCCUCCAUAAUGAGGAAAAUGUCUAGGAAUAUAUCCCCCUACAGUGAGAGCGUGAAGCAUAAGGUUCUUCUGCUGGACGGCAACAUCGAUGCUGAGUGGAUUGAAAGCAUGAACACCGUGAUGGAUGACAACAAGGUACUCACUCUGGUGAGUAAUGAACGUAUCCCCUUCACCAAGGAGAUGCACCUCUUCUUUGAAAUCACCAACAUGAGGUAUGCCUCCCCUGCCACGGUCAGCAGAGGGGGGGUCCUCUACAUAAACAGAGGAGACAUCAGCUACAAACUGUACAUAAGCUCGUGGAUUAACCUCCUGAAAAAUCACGUGGCCAAGACGGAGUUUUACUACCUCUUCAAUAUUUUCUACACGCAGAACAUAGACAUGCUGAGGAAGCAGUGCAAGUUCGCCUUCGAGCUGUCCAACCUGGACGUGGUGCGGUCGAUUUGCAAUUACAUCGACUACUUCCUGGUGAAAUAUGAUAAGUACAUUGGCGAGGUGAUCCGCGGUAUUGAGAGCCGCCAGGGGGCAGCGGAGGGGGCAGCGGCGGAGCGGUUAGCGGAGGGGUUAGCGGAGGGGUUAGCGGAAGGGGUAGCGGAAGGGGUAGCGGAAGGGGUAGCGGAAGGGGUAGCGGAAGGGGUAGCGGAAGGGGUAGCGGAAGGGGUAGCGGCCAAGGAGGGGAAGGCGGCCAAGGAUGGGGCUACGCUCGAGGGAGCUUCCACGCCGGGGGAAAACCCACAUAACGGAGAGGAAAAGAACGCGCCAAACAAAAUCAACCACAACUACGAAAUUCUGAAGGACUACUACAACAGCUUCUUCAUGAACGCGUACAUGUGGGUCCUGAACAGCCUGAUCGUGGAGGACAAGCUGAUGAACGCGAGGAGCGCCCUCAACAGCAAUGUGAAGUCCAACGCGAAGGUGAAGAUGGGCAGCGACUACUGCUGCAACUAUGUGUAUAACGUCUACGACAAUGAGUGGAAGCACCUGAGCGAGUACCUGGACAGCGACAUUUUGCUGCUGCAGAGGCUGCGCUGGGGCUUCGGCCAGGAGGGGGAAGCGGCAGAGAACAACGAAGCGGAGGAGGAAAACGAAGCGGCCGAGGAAAACGAAGCGGACGGGGCGAACGAAGCGGACGGGGCGAACGAAGCCGACGAAGCGGACCGCGCGCGCGGCCUGCCGAAGCACAAGCGGAAGAGCGAAAACAACUACAUCGAAAGCAUGCUGCCGCACAACUACGACGAGCUGUACAUCAACACGAUCGAGCUGAUCCGCACGGAGAAAAUGAUCAAGUACUCCCUGGACCGCAACCAGCCAAUCCUCGUCUAUGGAAGCAACGGCACGGGGAAGACCAAGUGCAUAAGAAACAACAUCAACAUGAAUAUAGAAAAAUUUACGCACACCACGAUAAGUAUUAAUUACUAUACAAAUUCAUUUGCCCUUCAAAAGAUAAUCGAGAGUAACGUGGAGAAGAGGAACACCAGGACGUAUGGACCCCCCAAUCAGAAGAGGCACAUUUUUUUUCUGGAAGAUAUGAACAUAACUGCUAAGGAUGAUUGUGAUACGCAGCAGACCUUGGAGUUCCUUCGCCAGCUGCUAACGUAUAAGUUGAUAUAUGAUAGGGAGAAUCUGGAUGAGAAGAAAUUCAUUCACGAUGUCCUCUUCAUAGGGACGGUCAACAACAAUGCUAAUAAGCUCAUCGACAAGAGGAUCCAAAACAAGUUCCACAUCAUCAGCAUGGAGGACAUCAGCAUGAAAACGUUUGAAAAUGUGUAUAAGAUAAUUCUGAAGCAGCAUUUGCUGAAAUUCGACGAUAAAGUGAAGGGCCUCCUUAACGGCAUCAUUUCGUUUUCAUAUGACCUGUACAGUAAAGUUACGGAGAAUAUUGCCUUCAAUUUGUCUAACUCUGCUCCACACUACCUCUUCAACUUGAAUGACAUCCAUGGGGCGUUUCACAACGUCAUUAAAUGCACCAAUCCAGAUUUGUAUAAUGGGGGUAGCUUCAAAUUUCUGAUGAUGUUUUUGCACGAGAUGCAGCAUGCGUACAUGAACAAGUUGACGUCCAAUGAGCACAUUGAGAUCUUCACGCAGCUCUUCAACCGCCUCCUGCAGCAGCACUUCCCGGCCUGCCUGGGCGACUUGGCCCGCCACCGCGCCGCCUUCGAGGGGGUUAGCGGGGUAAGCGGUGGUGGCGAGGUUGGCGGCGUUGGCGGUGGGGAUGCGCUCGCCUCGGGCGGGCUGAACGUCUCGACCGCGAACAGCGGCAACACCGCUAACGCCGCUAGCCUCCCGUACGACCCGCGCAAGAACAUCUUCACCUCGUUCGUUUCGGUGCGCAACGGGCUGGACAAGAUGUACCUGGGCGUGAAGAAGUUCCACGCGCUGAAGGAGGUGCUGGCGGAGAAGCUGGCCGAGUACAACAGCUCGCACGUGGAGCUGCCCCUCGUGCUGUUCGACUACGCCGUUGUGCAGAUAUGCAAGAUAUGCCGAAUUUUAGACUUUGACAUCUCGCACCUGAUGCUGAUUGGCUUUGGGGGGUCGGGCAAGCAGUCCCUGGUGAAGCUGAGCAUCUUCAUCAACUGCCUUAACCUGCUGCAGAUCUCGACCAACAAUAACUACGAUUUGAGCAAUUUCAAAGCGGAUUUGCAGGAGUUCCACCUCAAGUGCGCCAUCAAGCCGGGCAACGUGCACGUGCUGCUGCUGAAGGAGCAAAACAUCCUGGACGCCUUCCUCCCGUACAUUAACGACUUGACCUCCACCGGGUUGUGUAACGAUCUGUUUACGAAGGACGAGUAUUUGGGGAUCUUCUCCUCCAUCCGCAACCAGAUAAAGUACCUAAACAUCGGGGAGAGCAACGAAGAUGUUUUUAAUUAUUACAUAGGGAAGAUAAGAAGGAACUUCAAAGUGGCAGUGACGCACUCGCCUAUUAGCAGCUUUUAUAGGGACCGCCUGACCAAGUUCCCCUCCUUCUUAUCGAAUUUCUCCUUUGUGUAUUUUUUACCGUGGCCGUAUGAAGCGCUAGUAAAUGUGUCUAGCAAAUUUUUGAGCGAUUUAGAACUCGAGGAGGAGUUGAAGAAGAGCAUCUGCGAGCACAUGGCCUACGUGCACACGAGCACAAACGAGAUGAAUAAAAUUUAUUUGGAGAAAAAAAACAGACACAAUUAUCUCAUUCCGAAGACCUUCCUAGAAUAUAUUUAUUUUUAUAAAAAUCUGUUGCAUGUGAAGACCUACGAAAUUGAGAAGUCCGUGGAGAGACUCAACAAGGGGUUGUUAGCCCUGACGAGCACGAGAGAAAACGUAGAGGUGCUGAAAAAAGAAAUUGAGGUGAAAAUAAAAAACAUAGAGGAGAAGAAAAUUGAAGUGAAUGAAAUAAUAAAAAAGGUGAAGGAGGCGACGGAGGUGACCAACAAAGAGCAGCAAAUAGUAAACGAGGAGAAGAAAAAAACGGAGAUUUUUACACGAGAAGCAAUCGACAUUCAGGAGAAGGCAGAUAAGGAACUGAGUGAAGCGUUGCCCAUAAUGAACAAGGCGAAGGAGGCCGUGAAUUGCAUUACUAAGUCCGCCAUUCAGGAGCUAAAGUCGCUGCAGAACCCACCGAAGGAAUGUCUAGAUGUAACCCACGCAGUGUUGAUAGCCCUAAAGGAGAUAAAAAAUUACUCGUGGAAAUUCGCCCAAAAGAUUAUGAACAAUCCUAGUCAGUUUUUAUCCAAAUUGCAAAAGUUCGAUGCAGAAAAUAUGGAAGAAGAGACCGUCCAUUUGCUGACCCCAUUUAUUGAGAAGAAAUUCUUCAACUACGAAAUGAUGAAAACGAAAUCGUCUGCAUGUGCCUACUUGGCACUGUGGCUAGUCAACAUCGUCAAGUAUAAUGAGGUGUAUAAGAAGGUGAAGCCUCUUAUGGAUAAGCUGCAAGAAGCGACCAAUAAUAAGAACAGCGCUCAGGAGAAGCUAAACCUUUUGGAGAAUAAGGUGAAGGAGCUGACCGAUAGUGUAGAAAAACUGAGGACCAAAAUGAAUGAAGUGAAUGAGGAGAAGAAUAAAAUUAUAAAAAUUUUUAACGAAUCUAAGGAUAAAUUAAAUCGAGCGGAAAAUCUGGUGAACAUGCUAUCGGAUGAGUAUAGCAGAUGGUCUGAUGAAAUUGCCAUCAUCAUUUCGAAUAAGAAAUAUAUUUAUGGGGACUGUCUCCUAUUGUCUUCUUUUAUAACCUACCUGGGUGUCUUCUCCAGUUCCUUUCGAGUGAAGUUGUGGAAGAACCUGUGGCUCGAGCAGAUAAAGCAGAGCAACAUCCUCAUCAGCGAGAUUUCCUCCCCAAUUGAUAUUAUGGUCCAGGACAUACAGAUAGCUACUUGGAAAAAUGAGAAACUGCCUGAGGAUAGGAUAAGCAUAGAGAAUGCUCUCAUCGUGAGUACUUGCUAUAGGUGGCCUCUUCUAAUCGAUCCACAGCUGCAAGGGUUGAAGUGGUUGAAGGCUAAAGGGGGAAAUAAUAUCACGUGUCUCCAAUUUAAUAGCGACCACUUCAUUGCAAAGGUGAAGAGCGUCAUCCUGAGGGGGGGGUACCUCAUCAUAGAGAACGUCACUGAGGAUAUAGAUAACGCUAUCGACGGGCUCCUCAAUAGGGAAUUCAUAAAGAGGGGAAACGACACCUUCGUGAAGGUCGACAGUGAGGAGAUGCAGUUCAACUACCCCAAUGCGAUUAGCAGGGUUUCGAAGAUUAAGUCUUUCUACGAGGGUGGCUCAGGGGGGGGAGCAGCAUCAGCAGGGGGAGGAGCAGCCCGCACCGGAGCUGCUUCCUCUCCGGGAGACCACCACUUGGGCAGCUUCCACGACGAGGUGGACCGCGAAGACGACGACGCGGUGGAAGAGGAGGAGGAGGAAGAGGAAGCCCUGCAGAGUAAGUCAACCCCCAGAAGGGGGAACCCACAGAGCGGUAGACAGCAUGGAGGUAGACAGCAUGGCGGUAGCAGCCGGCGUGGCAGGGACAGCCCAGGUGGGGAAUUAUCCAUGGGGACGACCCCGAGGGAGAAACAGGACGAUGAGAAGAGUUACGAAAAGAUGUCCAAUUCACAGAGCAUGAGUAAGGCUCUCUCGAAGGAAGGCUCCCUGCGAAGGGGGGGGGUGCCCUUUUUCAACCUCAUCUUGCAGACGAAGCUGAGCAACCCACAUUUCAAGCCGGAGGUGAACAGCCAGUGCACUCUCAUAAACUUUAGCGUGACGUGCGAAGGGCUGGAGGAGCAAAUCUUGGCCAUCAUCGUCAAUAUAGAGAAGCCCGAAUUGGAGAAGCAGAAGCAGAUUCUGGUGAAAAACAGAAAUGAAUAUAAAAUUGUUCUGAACAACUUGGAGGACGAAAUUCUAUACCAGCUGUCAGCGGCCGACUCGAGCACCAUCAUCGAUAACAUCUCCCUCAUCAACAGUUUGAAGACGACCAAGGAUACGUCCAUCAGCAUACAGAAGCAGGUGGCCGACUCGAUCACGACGGAGAACGAAAUUAACAAGACGAGGGAGCUGUAUAGGAGCCUGGCGAACGAGGCCUCCAUCGUGUAUUUCAUCCUCAUCCUCAUGCACAACAUUAACUACAUGUACCAGUACUCGCUGGACUCCUUCAUCAGCCUGCUGCUCAAGUCGAUCGAGGCGGUCCACGCGGGGGGCCAAGCGGUGGGUCAAGCGGUGGGCGUGAGUGGAAGCGUGAUUGGCGGCGGUGUUGGCGGGAUGGACCGCGCGGGGACCCACUCCAGGGGGUACUUCCCCGAGGGAGGCGAGCAAUCGGGGGGACCCUGCGCAGGGGAGGAAGACGAGGCGGAAGAAGCGGCCCGCGGGGGGGAGGAAGAGAGCGACCUGUGUGACGAGCACAUGAACGAGCUGAUCAUCUCGUUUAGGAAAACGAUCUACUCGUGGAUCAACCGGGGGCUGCUGGAGGAGGACAAGCUGCUCUUCAACUGCAUACUGGUCUUCAAACUGUUAGAAAAGAAGAAGAUCCACGACAAAGACUUCAGCAUGGAUUACUUGAACUUUUUUUUAAAGCCGCCCCGAAUGAAGGAAGCGAUUCAGAACCCGUUGAAGGAAUGGCUAGCUGACGACUGCUGGAGAAAUGUAUCCGUGCUGUCAAAGUUCAAAGAGUUCGAAAGUUUGACCAACAAUAUACACUUAGAUGCGCAGCACAAGUUCAAGCAGUGGUGCUCGGAGAUACAGCCGGAGGUGUGCCCCCUGCCCCUGGAGUGGAAGAAGCUCAGCAAUAACUCCUUCAAAAAGUUGCUCAUCAUAAGGUCAUUGAGGCCGGAUAGAGUGACAGUGACUCUGGAGAAGUACAUUCGAAAUGUGCUGCCAAACAGUCAGGAGGUCAUGGAGAGGAAGAACUCCUUUGUGGACACGCUGGAAUCGUCUUACAAUUUUAUGAUUAACUCCACCCCCAUUCUGUUCAUCCUAACCCCGGGGUCGGAUUUUAUAAAAUAUGUGGAGCAGCUGGGGAAGAAGAAUAAGUUUUACCUGAACAUCAAUUUGCACAUAGUUUCUUUGGGACAAGGGCAGGAGACGAUUGCGCUGUCUAAACUGGAGCUGGCUCAUAAGGAAGGCCACUGGAUAGUAUUGGAGAACAUCCACCUAAUGGCAAAGUUCAACCUAAUUUUAGAAAACGUGAUUGAUAAGUACGCCGCGGAGGGUUCGCACCCGAAUUUUCGUCUCUUCCUAACGUCUGAGGUUACCAGAAAUAUCCCCAUAAGCAUCCUGGAGAGGUCCAUAAAACUGACGAACGAAGCUCCGACAGGUUUUAAGGAAAAUCUCAAGAGGGCAUUCACCUUCUUCUCCGCAGAUGAUUAUGAAGAGAAGGACUUGCGGACGAAAAAUAUUUUAUUUUCCCUGUGUUACUUCCAUUCUAUAAUUGUGGAGAGGGCUAAAUUUGGCUCCCAAGGAUUUAACAUAAAAUACCCCUUCAGCUUAAGCGACCUUAGAGAUAGCGCGAAGGUUCUAUUUAACUACCUGGAUAAUCAGAACUCUAUAAAGGUGCCUUGGAAUGACUUGAAAUACAUUUUUGGGGAGAUAAUGUACGGAGGGCAUAUCGUAAACGAUAAGGACAUGUUGGUGUGCAAAACGUAUCUGAACUACUACAUGAAGGAGCAGUCCCUCGAGGGGAUGCAGCUGAUCCCUUUUUCUAAAAAUAUGCAAUUGUUUAGCCCUAGUAAUUAUGCGUAUGAUAAAAUUUUAAAGUACAUCGACACGCAGAUCGUUGCGGAAUCGUCCAUUCUGUAUGGCCUCAACCAACACGCGGAAAUGAACUUCAGAACAAAUGAAAGUAUCAAACUGCUGACAAAUAUUUUUAAGUUAAAGCUGAAGGAGAGCUCCACCUUCGUGGAGGAACUCACCACUGGAGAGACUUUGGAAGUUCGCACGGCUAACAUCCUUUCGGAUAUCUUAAACGAAAUUGAAAAUGUCCAUUUUAAUGUAGACGAAUUGGUUAAGUCCAUUCCCGAUGAUCAGAUCACCCCUCUGCAGUACUUCCUCUUCCAGGAGUGCACCUUAAUGAAUUCGCUCACUGAGAUCAUGAGAGAGUCCCUAAAGGAGCUGCAUCUAGCCAUUAAAGGGGAAAUUAAUAUGAACAUGAAAAUGGAAUCAUUGAUGGGUUCUCUUUACAAAGACCAGCUGCCAGACCUGUGGAAGAAUAACUCCUACUCUAGUAACCGAAACCUUUGCUCGUGGAUGGCCAAUCUGAAGGAGCGCAUUAGCUUCCUCUCCGAUUGGUUUAAUGACCCCCUGGUGACUCCCAAAGUGUUUAACGUGUCUCUUCUCUUUAACCCGAACAGCUUCUUCAGUGCUAUUAAGCAAAUCCUCUCUCGGAAUGAGAAAUGCGAGCUGGACAAAAUUGUUAUGCAAAUUGAAGUUACCAAUAAGUCUUUGAAUAACAUCCACUCCUACCCUAAGGAGGGCGCGUACAUUUAUGGGCUCUACCUCGAUGGGGCAAACUACGAUAAUGAGAAGAACACCCUGUGCGACUCCAGCUGCAAGCAGAAGUACUUCCUCAUGCCCGUGAUUCACUGCAAGCCGGUCGUCAGCAUGGGCAAGGUGGAAACGGACGUGUACGAGUGCCCCGUCUACAAGACCGUCUCCCGGGGGCCCACCUACGUCACCAACAUCAAGCUCAAGACCAAGGAGAGCCAGGAGAAGUGGGUGCUCGCCGGCGUCGCGCUCAUCCUGGACGUCGCCGACGAUUGA